AUGCCUGCCGACCCAGAUGAAUAUAUUAAUACAAAUAAUGGUGAGAAUGGUGAAUAUGUUGUACCAACUGUGAAAACUGGUGAGCGUGGACGCCCAGCAUGCUAUAUCACAAAGGAUGAACCUCAUUGUUUGGUCUCAUCAGGGUUCAAUGUAACACAGAUUGCGUCAUUACUAAGUGUUGGAAAACGAACUAUAGAAAGAAGGCAUCACGAGUUCAACAUUUCUUUAAACACUACAUUUUCAUUAAUACGUAAUGAUGAUUUAGACGCUGUUGUUAAAGAUAUUGUCAAUGAAUUUCCAAAUGUGGGUAGCAGACAACUUCAACAUUUCCUAAGAGCAAGAGGAUAUAAUAUCCAACAUCAGCGUGUUAGAGAAGCACUGCGAAGAGUAGAUCCUGAAGGUGUUUUAUUACGAGCUAUCGAAUUGAAUGUCAUUAAAAGGAAACCGUAUAAUGUGAAGUCUCCUUUAUCACUGUGGCACAUCGAUGGUUAUCACAAACUGAUCAGGUGGAGGUUUGUGAUUCGCAGAGGCAUUGAUGGUUUUUCGAGAAAAAUCGUUUACCUGGAAUGCCAUACGAAUAAUCAUGCAAACACAGUUUUGAAUGCGUUUCUUUCUGCUGUCCUUCAUCUUGGACUUCCUUCGCGUGUGAGAUCUGAUAAAGGAGGAGAGAAUGUAGCUGUUGCGCAAUAUUUACUGGAACAUCCUGAACGAGGAAGUGGAAGGGGGAGUAUGAUAAUUGGCAAGAGUGUACGCAACCAGAGAAUAGAAUGUCUUUGGAGAGAUCUCUUUUCUGGUUGUGUCCAUAUGUAUUAUAAUUUGUUUUAUAGCCUAGAAAAGUCUGGUAUACUAAAUCCUGAAGACGACAUCGAUUUGUUUUGCUUACACUAUGUAUAUUUGCUAAGAAUAGCGCUGUCUCUCAAAACCUUUACUCAAGGAUGGAAUUUUCAUGCCAUAAGUACAGAAAGUAAUUUUACUCCAAAUCAGUUAAGGAUAAGUGGUCUUCUUCAAAUAGCUAACAGUAGUAACAGAAUUGCUCAAGAUCUUUGGCAAACAGAUUUACGUAUUUUGUGA